AUGGAAGUCUUUCAUGAAGCCCCAAAUACCUCCUCGUUCGUACCUCUCGCGGAGCAUCAGUCGCGAACUCCUGCCUCGUUCUACUCCGGACCACCUAUUUUACACCACUUCAGUGAGAGAUGCAAAGUGGUUAUUCUGGAGCAUGACUUAUUAGCUUCCCCUGCUCUGAAUAGUCUGCGGUGGACGACGUCAGAGGGCUCAUCGAAUGGCACAGCACAGGGAGAACGCGGUGUUACUGCAGGUACAACAGUCGAUGAGGCAGCAAAGGAUACCAAAGAGCUAUCUCUCCCGGGUGUCAGUGUCUGGGUCACUUCUGAGUAUGUUUCUCGCUCCCUCGGCCUUUACAUGCAAUUGGCCAUCACAAGUGGAGGAGAUGAGAAUAUGGAUGAGGAUGUAGACGAAGAUAGCAUUUCGCUCACCAUCAUUCCUCUGUCGGGCCCCGCUACCCAACCUACCGACCAGGAAACGUCAGCUGAAGAAGAAGAUAAAAAGACCCAGUCCCAAAUUGAGGCUCUCUUUGAGGCAGUAUCUGCCUGUUCCAAUCUCCACCCUGACCCUGUCGACCAGGACGACGAAGAUAGAUACGAAGAUGCGGAUGAAGGUGAGGAAUUCCAUCAACAGCUCCAAGGUAGUGCGUUGUUCCAAAAUGGUCUGAUUUUCCCUGGAAACAACACAGGUGGCCUACCUCCAGCCCUACCUGGAAGCGGUGGCUGGAUUACCGCAGAGAACGCCCACGAGUAUUUUGAUGAAGAUGGAAACUGGAAGGGUGGAGAGGAAGCCCCCUUGGGUGCAGGAGCAGGUACUGUAAGGCCGCGUGAAGAUGACGAUGAAGGAAUGAAUGAGGCUGGUGCCUCAAACAACGAGAACGGAACGUCUGGGGAUGAAACGAAGUGGCGAAGGACCGAGUGA